CUCCCUGAGCCGCCGGCCGCCCGGCCCGGGCCGCCACUGGACGCCGGGCGCGUCGGGGCGCGGGGAGGGCCCGGGGGGCGGGCCGCGCGGCGCCGAGAAAAGCGCCGGGCCCGGGGCAGCGGCCGGGCCCAGGAGGCGGCGGCGGCGGCUUCCAGCAGGCACCAUGCCGUGGGCCCUGCUGCUGUCCCCGCUGCUGUGGCUGGCCGUGAGCGGGGCCCAGCCCGCCCGCCCGUGCUUCCCGGGCUGCCAGUGUGAGGUGGAGACCUUCGGCCUCUUCGACAGCUUCAGCCUGACCCGAGUGGACUGCAGUGGCCUGGGCCCCCACAUCGUGCCCGUCCCCAUCCCCCUGGACACCGCCCACCUGGACCUGUCCUCCAACCGGCUGGAGACAGUCAACGAGUCAGUGCUGACCGGGCCGGGCUACACCACGCUGGCAGGCCUGGACCUCAGCCGCAACCUGCUGACCAGCAUCUCGCCCACGGCCUUCUCCCGCCUGCGCUACCUGGAGUCUCUGGACCUCAGCCACAACGGGCUGGCCGCGCUGCCCCCCGAGAGCUUCGCCGGCUCCCCGCUGAGCGACGUGAACCUCAGCCACAACCGGCUGCGCGAGGUGCCCGUGUCCGCCUUCGCCUCCCGCGGCCCCGGCCGGGCGCUGCACGUGGACCUGUCCCACAACCGCGUCCAGCGCCUGCUGUGGCCCGACGACGCCCGCCUGCCCCCGCCCACCAUCCAGAGCCUCAACCUGGCCUGGAACCGGCUGCGGGCCGUGCCCGACCUCCGGGACCUGCCGCUGCGCUACCUGAACCUGGACGGCAACCCGCUGGCCGCCAUCGGGCCCGGCGCCUUCCCGGGGCUGGCCGGCCUCACGCACCUGUCCCUGGGCAGCCUCCAGGGCCGCCCGCAGCUGGCGCCCCACGGCUUCCGAGAGCUGCCCGGCCUGCAGGUCCUGGACCUGUCGGGCAACCCCCAGCUCCAGUGGGUGGGCGCCGAGGUCUUCUCAGGCCUGGACUCCCUGCAGGAGCUGGACCUGGCGGGCACGGGCCUGGUGCCCCUGCCCGAGACACUGCUGCUGCACCUGCCCUCGCUGCAGAGCGUGGGCAUGGGCCACGGGGUGCAGUGCCGGCGCCUGGUGCGGGGGGGCACGUACCCCCGCCAGCCGGGCUCCGGCCCCAAGGUGGCCCUGCACUGUGUGGACACUCGGGAAUCGGCCCUCAGGGGCCCCGACACCUUGUGACAAAUCGCGUGGCCUCCUGGGCCACCUCUCAGACUGCCGUCCAGGGCGAUCCUCUCAUCAUGUGCCAAUGCCAGGGGGCACUGUGUGGGCCACCCCCGGAGCAGAGUGUUGCCCUGUGGCCUUGGUUGCCCCCCCCCCCGCCCAUAAGCAGAGGGUGGUUGAUGCCAGAUAAGACCGCAGUCCCCUGCUCUUCCCCACGUGUCCCCGAAGUGCCUUCCCUUGGGCCUGGGCCCCCCCACCCAGGGCCAGGGUAGAUGCUGCUGGCGGCAGAGUCGGGUCCAUGGUGGAGCCCUGCGCUCAUUGGCCACUGGCCCGCUCUGCUCUGGGCGGCACCCACGCCCCACUGCUCACUUCCCCGGGGUCCUGGGUGGGGCCUGAGCCACAGGAAGCCCAGUGAGAAGGGGAGAGGCGUGGGCCGUGGCUGCAGCAGCGGAGCCCCCUCCUCUCCCCCUCCCACAGCCCCCACCAUCCCAGCCAGGCCUGCCCCACCCCACCCCGGCCAGAGUCCCAGCAGGCCCCUGUG